AUGAGUGAGCAUGAGCGGGCGGCGCUGGCGGAAGUAGGAGCGAGCUCGGAAUUUGCGCCUGGAACGCCUGAGAGGAUGAGGAUUGAGAAGCGGCUCAAGCGGAAGCUGGAUGCUAGGUUCAGUAUUCUGGUGAGUCUCACUGUCGCCCUGAACUACAUUGACCGAAACAAUGCUGCUGCAGCCAGGCUGCAAGGCUUCGAGCAAGACCUCGGCUUGACAGGGCAGGAGUUCCCCACACUUCUGUCGAUCCUCUAUGUCGGGUAUAUCCUGUUCCAGAUAAGUUAUAACUACAUCGGCCGUCCGUCCCUGUACAUUCCGGCUGCCAUGCUCCUUUGGGGAAUGAUCUCCGUGCUCACUGGCGUCACCCAAAACUUCGCCGGCGCCCUCCUCACUCGACUGUUCUUGGGAAUGGUCGAAGCCGCGUUCUUGCCGGGCGCGCUGUUCAUCCUGAGCAAGUGGUAUAAGCGUGAUGAGAUCUCGCUGCGAUACACGCUGCUUUACUGUGGAAACCUGAUCUCAAAUGCUUUCGGCUCGCUCGUUGCUGCGGGUAUCCUGGCCAAUCUGCAGGGUGCACUAGGGCAUGCGGCUUGGCGGUGGCUCUUCUACAUCGAAGGCGGUAUCACCAUGCUCGUUGCUGUUAUUGCGAUACCCAUCCUCCCGGACUUUCCCCAGACCACGAAGUGGGGAUUCACCAAGCAAGAGCUGCAGGUCGCUCAGCUGCGGAUGCUGGAAGACACUGGGGAGGUGGACCAGGACUCAUCAGAGGACAAGUGGUAUACCGGGUUUGUCUUGGCUGUCACCGACUACAAGGUGUACCUUCUCACUAUCGCCUUGACGGCUUGCAUCGUUGGUCUAUCGUUCAACAUCUACUUCCCUACCCUCACCAAGACUCUUGGCUACGCCACCACUCCUACUCUGCUUCUGUCUGCGCCGCCAUGGGUGUUCUCCUGCAUUGUCUCGCUGAUCAACUCCUGGCACUCGGACCGAACGCAGGAGAAGUUUUGGCACGCUACCUGGCCGCUCGUGGUCGGUAUCGUCGGCUUCGUUGUCUCUAUGGCUACAAGUCCCACUAACGUUGCCGGGCGAUACGUGGCACUUUUCCUCCAAGCGCAGUCCUACGCCGCCUACAUCAUCAUGUAUUCGUGGAUGGCGAGCAGCUUCCCGAGGCCUCCCGCGAAGCGUGCGGUCGCUUUGGCGUUGAUGAAUGCUCUUUCGCAAGUCGGGAACAUCAUCGGUAGUUACUGCUGGCCAACGAACUUCGGUCCUAGCUACACCUACUCUUACGCCAUCAUGACUGCGUGCUUUGGCUUGACCAUCAUCUUGAACUUCUGGUUCAGGUGCAUCCUGGUAGCGGCAAACAAGCGACUCGCGGAGGGAGAACGCGCUUUCGACGAGCACGACGACACUAUCACUCGCGCUGCGGCGCUCGAGGGGACUACAGCGAAGGAUGCUGCUCAUAUGGCGAAGGGCUUCAGAUUCUUGGUGUAG